AUGGUUAAAACUGAACAUAAUCACUCGGUAUCGUCUUGGAAUAAUACGACUCAUCAAUCACAACCGGAUUACUACAUGAAUAUGCCGUCAAAUUCUUAUGGAAGCGCAAGUUUAAUGAUUAGUGACACGAAUUCAACUACCGAGAAAACUUCCUCGUCAUCAACAACUGACUUUAAUUCACCGACAUUGCCCAAUCGUAAAGAAAUUUAUCCGUGGAUGAAUGAAAAGAAACAUGGAAAUAAAAGCAAUUCAGCACCGUCGAAACGAGCUCGAACGGCUUAUACAAGCGCUCAAUUAGUUGAACUUGAGAAGGAAUUUCUCUAUAGUAAAUAUCUAAAUCGACCUCGACGGAUUGAACUCGCGCAAACACUUUGUUUAACUGAACGACAGAUUAAGAUAUGGUUUCAAAAUCGUCGAAUGAAAGACAAAAAAGACGGCAAAAAUCGCACAUCAUAUACGAAUGGAUGUGGAAUGCAUCUGAACAACUCACCCCUAGCAACAUCAACAACUGAAAAAGAUGACUUAACUCUCCGUUCCUACCAUUCUUCUCAUCCUCAUCAUGCUUAUUAUCAACAUCAACUUCCUCCUCCUCCUCCGCCGCCAUCGUCAUCAAUGUCCGUCCCAUUUCAUUCUCAAGUUAGUUACAAUUCACAAUCAUCCGCAAUCGAUACAUAUGACAUGUCGACGAGCUAUCCAAUGAAACAAUCGAAUUACUAUACUAAUGGAAAUCAUCACAAGUUAAGUUACAACUCAACAUCAUACGAUAAUUAUUACUUCAAUCCAGAAAAUUCAACGAUAAAUCAUCAACAAUCCGGUCCAAUGUUACCAUCGUUCAAUUAA